CGCAGAACAUGUACUGAAGAGGCGUUCGCUGUACCUUUGUCCAAGCUAUUGAAACGCGAGAAUCCAAUAAAUGGACCGGGGGUCGAAGAAGCGACAGGUGAAGCCUUUGGCUGACUCUCUGCUGGAUGCUCUGGACUAUGACAGCUCAGAUGACAGCGAUUUUGAACUAGGAGAUGCAUCAGAUUCAGAGGGCACCGGCAAUGGGAGUGAGGAGGAGGGCUCAAAGGACAGUGCUGCAGGGUCUGAGAGCUGCUCAAAUCCCAUUGGCUCAGCUGACGAAGAGGGCAUAGAUGAGGAAGAGACCAAAGAUUUAAAUGAAGACACUGAAGAUGAGGAGAAAGCCAAAGAACAGUCUUUCUCAGAGGAGACCAGCUGCAAAGAAACCAGGGGAACAUCUAGGAACCGCAAGAAAGGAGAGAAAGCCUUGGACACUGAAAUAGACGGGAGUGUUAUGGCUGAGGAGGGCCCAGCAGAGCCUAAAAAAUGGAACCUGCGUCGAAACCGGCCAAUGCUGGACUUCACUGCUAUUGUAGAACUAAAUGAAAUGGAUGAUUACGACAGUGAGGAUGAUAAUGACUGGAGGCCCACUGGAAAAAAGAAAGGCAAGGCAUCUGGUAAGGAGAAAGAAGGGAGUGAGCAAGAGGAAGGUGGGGGUAGCGAUGAAGACGACAAUGAGGAUGAUGAGAACGAGACCAGUAGUAGUGAUGAUAGUGAGAAAGAAGAAAAGAAGCCAAAGAGGAAAGCAGGCAAGGACACAGGUGCGUUUGAUGAAGAGGAGACCAACGACAGCCACAGCACAUCUCACGGGAAGGGCAAUGAGGACUCUCUUUUGGAGCGGCCCCAGACGUGGAGCUCCCAGAGGAUGGAGCACAUCCUUAUCUGUUGCGUGUGUCUGGGAGACAACAGCGAAGAUGCGGAUGAGAUCAUCCAGUGUGACAACUGUGGCGUGACAGUGCAUGAAGGUUGCUAUGGCGUUGAUGGUGAAAGUGAUUCAAUCAUGAGCUCUGCCUCAGAGAAUUCAACCGAACCAUGGUUUUGCGAUGCUUGCAAGAAUGGCGUCACACCCAGCUGUGAACUUUGCCCGAGUCAGGAUGGAAUCUUCAAGGAAACUGAUGCUGGGAGGUGGGUGCACGUGGUGUGUGCCCUUUACGUUCCAGGGGUUGCUUUCGGAGAUAUCGACAAACUGCGGCCAGUAACACUCACUGAAAUGAACUACUCAAAGUACGGAGCCAAGGAGUGCAGUUUAUGUGAAGACGUACGUUUUGCCCGCACAGGCGUCUGCAUCAGCUGUGAUGCUGGAAUGUGUCGCUCAUUUUUCCAUGUGACAUGUGCUCAGAGGGAAGGGUUGCUCUCUGAGGCUGCUGCUGAAGAGGACAUUGCCGAUCCUUUCUUUGCUUACUGCAAGCAGCAUGCAGACCGUUUUGACAGGAAAUGGAAAAGGAAAAACUACCUGGCCCUGCAGUCCUACUGCAAAGUGUCCUUGCAAGAGAGAGAGAAGCAACUCACACCUGAAGCUCAGGCUCGAAUCACCACACGACUCCAGCAGUACAGGGCGAAGGCAGAGCUGUCUCGAAACACUCGACCGCAGGCAUGGGUGCCCCGAGAGAAGCUUCCCCGUCCACUCACUUCCAGUGCUUCAGCCAUCCGUAAGCUCAUGCGUAAAGCCGAACUCAUGGGUAUCAGUACGGACAUCUUCCCUGUGGACACGUCCGAUACCAGCGCAAGCAUGGAUGGUCGUCGUAAACAUAAACAACCCGCCCUCACUGCAGACUUUGUUAACUACUACCUUGAGCGGAACAUGAGGAUGAUUCAGAUCCAGGACAACAUUGUGGAACAGAAAAACCUCAAAGACAAGCUUGAGAGUGAGCAGGAGAAGCUGCAUAUGGAGUAUGAUAAGCUGUGCGAGUCUCUGGAGGACCUGCAGAAUGCCAAUGGCCAGCUGAGGACCGAGGGGCAGGGCAUAUGGAGCAUGAUGGGGGGGAUCCUUGGACAGAAAUUGAACUCUCCUGCAGUUCUGAAGGCUCCCAAAGAGAGAAAGCCAAGCAAGAAGGAGGGAGGAUCACCAGCAAAGUCGUCCAACCUCCCAGCUGUGCUCUACAGCUGUGGGAUCUGUAAGAAAAACCAAGACCAGCAUCUUUUACUGCUGUGUGAUACCUGUAAACUGCACUACCACCUGGGCUGCCUAGAUCCACCUCUCACACGCAUGCCAAAGAAGACCAAAAACAGCUACUGGCAAUGCUCUGAGUGCGACCAGGCCAGCAGUGACGAGGCGGACAUCGCAAUGGAGACCCUACCGGAUGGAACUAAAAGGUCCAGGAGGCAGAUCAAGGGACCAAUCAAAUUCAUCCCUCAAGAAAUGAGCCCUGAGCCCAAAAAGCUCCAAGUUAGAGGGACUAGAACCAGAGGACAAAAAAGGAAGAGAACGUCCAUCUGCGAGGAGGAAAAGAUUGAGGAACCGUCGCAGAGGGAGCGCAGACAGAGGCAGACUACUCCACAGAAAAGGCCCAAAGCUGAUGACUCGCGGACAGAAUGCACCACCUGCAAGGGCCCGGGUGACAAUGAAAACCUAGUGAGGUGUGAUGAGUGUCUGCUCUGUUACCACUUUGGCUGUCUGGACCCUCCCCUGAAAAAGUCACCCAAACAAACAGGCUACGGAUGGAUCUGUCAGGAAUGUGACACCUCUUCAUCAAAGGAGGAAGAAGAAGUAGUUGAGGAAGACUCAAUGAAAGAGGAAACGGCAGAGCUAGAGAUACUGAACUGAAAAAUCCUCAGCGUUACCUCACAGUAAUGGUCUUGUCUACACAAUCAGUGCCAUCACCUCAUUUCCUACUAAAGAGUGGGAUGCAAAAUAGCUUUGAAAAAUAUAAUCAACAGACUUGAACUGCCACAGCUUUACAAGACAAAAACUCUGUCUUUGUUAAACAUAAAAAUAUAACAUGACCGUAAGUUCCAGUUUCUAAACAUCAACCUUAGAGUCUUUCUAUAUAUUUACAAAACACAGACUCGAUGUAUGAUCAAGUCCUCCAUCUGCGAAUCUGUUGGAGAUGUUAUGAAUGGAUUUUGUAUAUCAGGGCUCAACCUAGAGAAAUGUCUUUGGAGUACUAAAGUGACUUGUGACGUUGAUACAGAAGUUUGUACUGAACAAUGUACAUAAUCUUUGAUCGGCAUAUGAGCCUGUUUUUACCUCGACUGUAUGCUGUCUUUGGCAUGUAAUAUUUGUCCAGUCAGAGCUUCUUAUUUUUAAAGGUUAUUUUUCCACAAUAUAAAUUUAUAUUUUCCAUGGCUCAACCUGUAUGUAAAUAUCCUUUGUGAUAUAUCAUCAUACUGUUGUUAUGUAUCCAGAAUGUCUCCAAGCAAUGUUUUUGUUAUUGUUAUUAUUAUUAUUAUUAUUAUUAUUAUUAUUAUUAUUAUUAUUAUUAAUCAGCUUUCAUUUCUGUUUUUUAUUUCCAUUUUGGAUUGUUUUUCCUUUUUAAUGUCAAUGCUUUAUACAAAUAAAUUAACUUGUAUUGACAGUAUAACUGACAGUUAAUAUCUUAAUAUGCAUUAUUGGCUUGUGUUAUAUUAAUAAUUGAUUACUUCCUAAUGGUAAGAGCAGACUCUUUUUUAUUAUUUUUUACAAACCUUCAUUUUAUAGAGCUGUAUAGUCCAAACCAUCAUUUAUCAGCAACAGUAAUAUCACCUACUCAUGUGUUCACAUGUGGUCAGGGCUGUUCGUGUUUUUUAAGAGAUUGUUUCAUAUGUGCAAAUGAUGGUACAGUUUGUCUGCCUCACUGUUUGAA